GGAACUUCCAACGGUUCAAUUUUCCUUCACUGUUCACUCACUCCCGUCAGUUGAGCUCAGGUGGUAGCAUUGCUUUCCAGCUUUCGUCUCUUUUUUUAUUCUUCAAGCUCCCCGACAUAAACCUCAGACAACAUGUGUGACGACGAAGUAGCCGCAUUGGUCGUUGACAAUGGAUCCGGAAUGUGCAAAGCCGGUUUCGCCGGGGACGAUGCUCCUCGUGCCGUCUUUCCAUCCAUCGUCGGCCGACCCAGGCAUCAAGGUGUGAUGGUUGGCAUGGGUCAAAAAGACAGCUACGUCGGCGAUGAAGCCCAAAGCAAAAGGGGUAUCCUUACUUUGAAAUACCCCAUCGAACACGGCAUUGUCACCAACUGGGACGAUAUGGAAAAAAUCUGGCAUCACACCUUUUACAAUGAACUUCGUGUUGCCCCUGAAGAACAUCCAGUCCUUCUCACUGAAGCCCCUCUCAACCCUAAAGCCAACAGGGAAAAGAUGACUCAGAUUAUGUUUGAAACUUUCAACACCCCGGCUAUGUAUGUCGCCAUCCAGGCUGUGCUAUCCCUGUACGCUUCUGGUCGUACGACUGGUAUCGUGUUGGAUUCGGGAGACGGUGUUUCUCACACUGUCCCGAUCUAUGAGGGUUACGCUCUCCCUCAUGCCAUCCUUCGUCUUGACUUGGCCGGUAGAGAUCUCACCGAUUAUCUUAUGAAAAUCUUGACCGAGCGUGGUUAUUCUUUCACCACCACUGCCGAGAGGGAAAUUGUCCGUGACAUCAAAGAGAAGCUUUGCUAUGUCGCUUUGGAAUUCGAACAAGAAAUGGCGACUGCCGCCAGCUCUAGCUCUUUGGAGAAAUCUUACGAGCUUCCCGACGGGCAGGUCAUCACCAUUGGCAACGAGCGGUUCCGUUGCCCUGAGGCUCUCUUCCAGCCGUCGUUCCUUGGCAUGGAAGCCUGCGGUAUCCACGAGACUACUUACAACUCGAUCAUGAAGUGUGAUGUCGAUAUCCGUAAGGAUCUGUACGCUAACACUGUCCUUUCUGGAGGCACCACCAUGUACCCAGGCAUCGCUGACAGGAUGCAGAAGGAAAUCACGUCUCUUGCUCCUUCAACUAUGAAGAUCAAAAUUAUCGCUCCACCAGAAAGGAAAUACUCUGUAUGGAUCGGAGGUUCCAUCCUCGCUUCACUUUCCACAUUCCAACAGAUGUGGAUCUCCAAACAAGAAUAUGAUGAAUCUGGCCCAUCCAUCGUACACAGGAAAUGUUUCUAAAUGUAUUUCAAUCGGCUUUAUCUUUUGUAUUAUAUUUGUUUAAUAUGUCGGUGAGUUAGGUUUUGCAUUUCCCGAACACAAGGGUUUUGUAAAUUCUCUUCCAUUAUUUAAUAAUUAUUUAAAGUCAUUUCAAUCUCAUUCCUGCCCAAAUUUUGUACGGGCUUAUUUUUUCAACAGUUUUCUAUUACUAGUUAUCUUUAUAAAAAAUAUUUUAUAUAUAUAUUUAAAAUGAAAAAAACAAAAAAGACACUGUUUGCAUUCCAAUUUUUUUCACAUGGCUCAAAUGUGCUUCUUUUCUAAGUUUUUGCUUAUUUUUAAAAGAAAAUUUAGAAAAUGUAGGUUUUUGAAAAUUUGUAAUACAAUCAAUCCAUGUUAUCUGUUGGUUCCUCUAAACGGAUAUUUUGAGCCUUUGACUGGCAAUACCUAUGCAUGCACUAGGCCAAAGUAUUUAUUCCCAUCUGCAGAACUGGUAAAUUUUUAGAUUUAAUGGGAAAUAAAACAUAAAUUGUAUUUA